GGAAGCUGCUGCCACGGAGGCCUUGGCGUAUCCCAGCGUCGUGCGCAGCGAGCGUCUCCCCCCGGCCCGACGGAGUGCCACGUCUUUGGUGCGGCGGGGCAACGUCGGCUUGGCUGGCUGGCUGGCUGGCUGGCGCGGGAGGGGCGGUUGCGCCGCGCGUCCGUUUGCGCGCCGGAGAAGCCCGCUGCCACCGCUCGGCACCCUGGUCGUCCGCCGCUGGGCCUGAGCCAUGGGCUCGUCGCAGAGCGUGGAGAUACCCGGCGGGGGCACCGAAGGCUACCACGUCUUGAGAGUGCAAGAAAAUUCACCAGGACAUAGAGCUGGAUUGGAGCCAUUCUUUGAUUUUAUUGUUUCUAUUAAUAGUUCCAGGCUGAAUAAAGACAAUGACACGCUGAAGGACCUGUUGAAAGCCAAUGUGGAAAAGCCUGUUAAGAUGCUGGUCUAUAGCAGCAAGACCCUGGAGCUCCGAGAGACAUCCGUAACCCCCAGCAACAUGUGGGGAGGGCAGGGCUUGCUGGGCGUGAGUAUUCGAUUUUGCAGCUUUGAUGGCGCCAAUGAGAACGUGUGGCAUGUGCUGGAAGUUGAACCAAAUUCUCCUGCUGCAAUUGCAGGUCUUAGACCUCAUAGUGACUACAUCAUUGGGGCAGAUACUGUCAUGAAUGAGUCUGAAGAUUUAUUCUCUCUCAUUGAAACACACGAAAGCAAACCAUUAAAACUUUAUGUAUACAACACUGAUACUGAUAAUUGCCGAGAAGUCGUUAUUACCCCAAAUACUGCAUGGGGUGGAGAGGGAAGCCUAGGUUGUGGCAUUGGCUAUGGAUACCUGCAUCGAAUACCUACUCGUCCUUUUGAAGAAGGAAAGAAAAUUUCUCUUCCUGGGCAGUUGUCUAGUACACCUAUUAGUCCGCUCAAAGAUGGCUUCACAGAAGUGCAAUUGUCUUCAGUUAAUCCCCCUUCUUCACUACCACCUGGAACUACAGGAGUAGAACAAGGCUUGGCUGGUCUUUCCAUUAACACGACUCCUGCUGUCCCUAACGUGCUCAGUACAGGUGUUCCUACAGUACCAUUAUUGCCUCCUCAAGCAAAUCAAUCUCUUCCUCCAAUUAACUCAGCACCUCCGUUACCAGGAUUGAUGGCUUUACCUGCUGGACUUCCCAACCUGGGGAACAUCCCUAACUUGAAUUUACCUGGUCCGCAUUUAAUUCCUGGUCCUGGAUUAAUAGACAUUGGGCAGCCUGGAUUGCCACCACUUCCUUCCUUGCCUCCAGUCAACCUGUCUGGGAUUGCACCUCUAUCACCGGAAUUCCUUGCCAAGUUCCCAUUGGUCAAUGAGAUACCCACUCUGCCUACGGAUCUGUUGUCUUCUGUUCCCAUCACAACAAGCUUCCCUGCGAAUCCUGGCACGACUGUAAAUGUGGAACAAACCUCUGCACACAUUCUGGAUACGGCUGUUCCUCCCCCCAUGGUUACUACUGCUGCUUCUAAUGCUUCCACUGUCAAGGCAUUGUCUCCUGAAGACAGAGGAGAUGGGAUAACUUCCUUCAAUGAAAAGCCAGCACCCUUGGUCACAGAUACGGCUGUGUCUGAAUCAUCAUAACUUCAACUGAUUGAUUGGAUUGGGCUUGAUAUAUUUAUUCAACAACAGUAUAUGCAAACUAUCAUUACUUUCAUGCUAGUUUGUAUUUUGUUGUCAGAGUUCUUGUAAAUAUACAGAAGGUGACUUAAGAGUCCAGAUUUUUACAAAGGGCUUGGUGUAGGGUAGAGAAAGGGGAAGGAACUGCUUAUAUUUAAAAAAAAAAAAGAAUAAUAAAAAGGAAAUAUCAAGGUAGGAUAUGCAGGUGUCCGCUGCCAAAAUUGAGGAUUUUUUAAAGAAAAGGUGUAAUCUGACUUCAGUAGGCUACCUUGCUUACUUUCCCCCCCACAAAUUUGCUUCUCUUAGAAAUGAGCAAGUAAUUCAUGCUUGUAGUAUAUGAAAACUUUUUUUCUUGUACUUUGCAAGAAUUAGAAUUUUGGUAAUACAUUGUGAGGGGUAAAAGUAUUUACUUUUGUCCAAGUUGUACAUUUUAGCAGUAUAAAGAUCUUCAAACUAGAGCUCUUUUAUUAAAAACUUCAGAACACAAUUUGUAAAUUCAGCCUCAUUUUUAAAUCUGCCUGUAUGCAGAUCUUUCUGUUGAGCUACUGCCCUUUUACCUAAACCUAGCCUCUGUUGCUUUGCUUUAUGAGCCCACUGUCAAAAGUAUUGUGAAGAAGUCAAAAGGAAACCUCAUAAUAUUGGACAUAGCUCAAAAACAGGAAGAUGAAACUUUUGACCUUUUUUUUGUAAAACAGGUUGUAUUGAAAGAGCUUACAUAAUGGCAAUAAAUUCUGAGGAUUUUAUCUUGUA